CAGAAGCAUGAGCCAAGCCGAGCUGUCCACCUGCUCGGCGCCGCAGACGCAGCGCAUCUUCCAGGAGGCCGUGCGCAAGGGCAACACGCAGGAGCUGCAGUCGCUGCUGCAAAACAUGACCAACUGCGAGUUCAACGUGAACUCGUUCGGGCCGGAGGGUCAGACUGCGUUGCACCAGUCGGUCAUCGACGGCAACCUGGAGCUAGUGAAACUGCUGGUCAAGUUUGGCGCGGACAUCCGCCUGGCAAACCGCGACGGCUGGAGCGCGCUACACAUCGCCGCGUUCGGCGGCCACCAGGACAUCGUGCUCUAUCUCAUCACCAAGGCCAAGUACUCCGGCGGCGGCCGGUGAUGCCGGUCCAGA